UUUUCCUUUUUUACAUGAAAUACAGUACUGGCACAUCCUUUGGGACUUUUUGAAGAGAAAUCGCUAAAGAUGUUGCUCUGGAGUGUAAAACUAUUACUGCUUUUGCUGUUUACACUGCAUACAUCAGGAAGUGCAUUUGCUGAUGAUGAUUUUGAGCAUGCCAAGGACUCACAGUUCAUUGCUGAGGAAGAUAAUGACAUUGAAGAGGAAGAGGAGAUACCUGAUAUUGAAACGGAUGCCUCAGAUAGAGUUGAUGAAAGCUUGGAUGCUGAAGAAACUACCUCACACCCCGAUGCUGACACAACUAUCAUGUUUGUAAAUGGUGAAGAUUUCCCAGCCAAUGCAAUUGCUCAUUUUCUGGUGGGAUUCACCAAUAAAGGUGAAGAUGUUUUUACCGUGCAGUCUCUAGAGGCAUCUUUUCGCUACCCCCAAGACUUUCAGUUCUACAUUCAGAAUUUCACAGCUUUACCGUUGAAUAUUAUUGUGCAACCUGACCAGCAAGCUACUUUCCAGUAUUCUUUUAUACCUGCUGAAUCCAUGGCUGGACGGCCUUUUGGACUGGUCAUCCUGCUUAACUAUGUGGAUAACAAUGGGAAAGCGUUUCAGAACACGGUGUACAAUCAAACAGUCACCAUCUCAGAGCUAGAAGAAGGACUGGAUGGAGAAACGAUUUUUAUGUACAUGUUCCUUGCUGGACUUAUGGCAUUGAUCAUGUUUGGAUUGUACCAUGCCCUCCAGUCACAAAUAAAGAAGAGGCCUGCAGUAAAGGUUGAGACUUGUACCAGGGUAAUGAAUGAUGUUGAUAUCAGCUGGAUCCCUCAGGAGGCACUCAGCAUCUUCAGUAAGACCUCGCCAAAGGCCUCACCAAGGAAGCGCACCAAGCGAGCAGUUGGUGUUGACCAGUAGAAGCUAUUCAGAGCAUGGCUUACCAUGAAAGGGCAGACACUCUUCAAAACUUUAUCACUGACAAACUGAUUAAUUCUGCUCCUUAAGUGAAAUACACCCUAUUGGGGAGGAUGAAGAAUGCCACAGAAGAGCAUAACCUGUGGGUACCAUGGCACUGUAAGUGAAAGUGGUGUCUUUGUGAUCUGUGGAUCUGUGGUGCUUGUCAUAAAAAUGGCCAAUGGCAUUUUAUGAUUUAGAGGCCAGUACUUGUCAUUCUUGCAUGAGUCAUGUUAAACUUCACUGAUGAAGACCAGCCACCAAUGUCUAGUCAUGUUUUCUGAAGAGAAAUGUGAACACCUUCAUGUUGGCCUAUGUUGUCUUUGUCAAGCUUUUAGUUUUAAAUAAAGUUAUUUCUCUAUAA